AUGGGGUCAAACAUCAAAGCCUCAACUCUGCUCCUGAUCUUCGUGACCUUCACCACCGUGGCUGCCCAGACCUUCCAGUACUCCCGGGGCUGGACCAACGGGAAGCGGGCACAUAAGAGGGACGAGGGGAACCUGGCAGGAAACCUUGAGAAGAUCCUCAGCCCGUGCCAGAUGAGCAAGCUGAAGUAUGUGCUGGAAGGAAAGCCAGCGAGUGAGCGACUACUCCUCCCCUGUGACUAUCCCGAAGACGAGGAAGCCCCCAAACGUUACAAGAACGAACGCCAAGACCCGCUGUUCGACAGCUUUCUUUGAAGAUCCAACACAGAAAUUUACAGACGACAUCAG